AUGACGGUCAUUGCUUUUCUUGUUGACAUGUUUGAGCACUUGAACAAACUUAACCUUCUCCUGCAAGGGAAAUCUAUGUCCCUUUCUGACGUGAAGACAGAGGUGAAGGCAUGCCAGUUGCAGUUGGAUGUCUUUAGAGACGAUCUCAUGAGUGAAAUGAUUCACUUCACUCAGUUAAAGAAAUACUCACCUGACGCUGAUGUGGAGCAAUUUGUUUCGUUCAUUGAGGCACUGUCAAAUGAGUUCAAGGAACGUUUCUCCAACUUUGCAUUCAUAGACGAUCUUCUCGUGAUGGUCAAGAUUCCAUUUGCUAUGGAGGCCAAUGGUCAGUGGUUGGAACAAGCAAACCUCGUGGCUCCACAGCUUUCAAAAGCAAAGCUGCAAAUGCAGUUUGUACGAAUGAAGUCUGACGAUGAACUCAGACUACUCUUUGAGCAGACAAGAAAUGAGUCAACAGCUACAUUCUGGAUGAACAUUCUAAAGACCAAGUAUCGAAGUAGCCUGACAAAUGCUCAUUUGGAACACUGCUUAAGAAUCUGCACAACAUCAUACACCCCAAACUUCAAGCAGAUAGCCCUGACUAAAAAGUGCAACUUCAGCCACUAA